CACGUUUCUAAGGCGAACACUACAGGGAGCCAUAAAAUUGCAACGGUAACACUGUAUAUUAUAUAAUCAUAGGCAAGCAUUAGCCGCCUAUUCUAAUUGUAUGUAAUUUAUAUAUAUAUUUUUUUUACUAAUACAAUUUUUACUUAUCAAUUCACACGUGCUCAAAACUUAAAAUAUUUUACAAAAAAAUUGGUAUGUGAAACUGAAGAGUGAAACAAUGAUUUUUCCUGAAGGAAAAAAAGAACAAGAGAAUUAUAAUAUUAAGAAAUUAAAAAUUAAUCUAGCUCUUAGCUAAUCUUAAUAAAACAAUAGCAUUAAAGUUUUUCAAACUUUGGUAUAUCGCUUGAAAUUUAUGUUUACGCAUUAUGUUCAUGUAAUAUGAAAGCUGAAAUAAAAUGAUUUAUUCUUUUUUGCAGAUACAGUUCCAUUUUCAUUCGCAUCUUUGUAGACAGAAUGCAUGUUGCGCAUGCGUCUGCAAUGGUUUGAGGCGUUUCGUGUUAGUGCAUACUUUCGCAUUGUGAGUCGGCAAAAAGCAAAAGCUCAAAACGGGUUUCAAGACAUUUCGAUAUUUAAGGGUUUUUCGAGUCGCGAUCCAACAUCGAGCGAUGUCAAGCACUGAAAAAAAACCAUUUCGCCGGCUGGCCACAGAUGUUCAGCCUUACCAUUACAAUAUCGUUUUGUCACCGAAUCUGAAAACUUUUGUCUUCGAUGGCAAGGAGGAUGUGCACAUUGACGUGAAGACGUCUACAGAUACCAUCGUUUUAAAUUCGUUGGAUAUUGAUAUAAAAAGUGUAAUUUUCAAUGACAAUAAUGGAAAAGUUAUCGCAACAAAGCAGAUGAAAGUUUGUUCGCCGGAAGAAACAGCCACUUUGGUAUUCGAGGAAGAAUUACCACUGGGCAGAAGUGGAUACUUGAGCUUAGAAUUUGUAGGAGAAAUUAAUGACAAAAUGAAGGGUUUCUAUAGAAGCAAAUAUAUUGGACAAAAUAAGUACUAUGCUGUAACUUAUUUAUGUCCUACAUCAGCUCGUAGAUUUUUUCCCUGUUGGGAUGAACCAUCUUUAAAAGCUACUUUUACUAUACAACUUGUGCUUCCUACUGAUAUGACCAAUGGGACUGUUGAACACGCAGCUGUAACUCAAUUCGAGCCAACAGAUGCUAGACGUUGCUUCCCAUGCUGGGAUGAACCAGCACACAAAGCCACGUUUGAUAUUACUCUAAAUGUACCGUCAGGUCUUACAGCACUUUCCAAUAUGCCUAUCAAAAGUAAGGUAACGAACGAAUCGAUCGAGACUUUAGUAUUCGAGAGAACACCAAUCAUGUCGACGUAUUUAGUAGCAGUGGUGGUUGGUGAAUUUGAUUACAUUGAAGACAAAUCAAGCGACGGUGUCCUAGUACGCGUGUACACACCGAAAUCGAAGAAGGAACAAGGACAGUUCGCCCUAGAAGUAGCAACAAAAGUACUGCCAUAUUACAAGACUUAUUUUGGAAUCGCUUAUCCACUUCCGAAAAUUGAUCUUAUCGCGAUCGCGGAUUUCUCAUCCGGAGCUAUGGAAAACUGGGGUCUAGUUACGUACCGUGAGACUUGUCUCCUAGUAGAUCCACAAAAUACAUCCGCUGUGCGAAAACAGUGGAUCGCUUUAGUCGUAGCGCACGAACUGGCACAUCAGUGGUUUGGCAACCUUGUAACCAUGGAAUGGUGGACGCACUUAUGGUUGAACGAAGGGUACGCGUCGUUCGUGGAAUUCCUAUGCGUUGCUCACUUGUUUCCUGAAUACGAUAUUUGGACGCAAUUCGUGACAGAUACGUAUAUCAGAGCACUAGAGCUCGACGCUUUAAAGAAUAGUCAUCCAAUUGAAGUACCAGUCGGUCAUCCAUCCGAAAUCGAUGAGAUUUUCGACGAUAUUUCUUACAAUAAGGGGGCGUGCGUUAUUCGAAUGUUACACUCGUACAUCGGAGAUGACGAUUUUCGAAAGGGUAUGAAUCUCUAUUUGAAAAAACACAGCUACGCCAAUGCCGAAACAGGAGAUCUUUGGGACGCUCUGGAAGAAGCUAGCAAUAAGGAUGUGCGUAGCGUGAUGUCCACGUGGACCGAGCAACAAGGAUUCCCUGUUGUCAGAGUUCAACACUGUCAAGAAGGCAGUGAUCGAAUUCUGUCGCUGUCUCAAGAAAGAUUUCUAGCUGACGGUUCCGCGGAUACUGGAAACAGUCUGUGGAUCAUACCAAUUAGCAUAAGUACGUCGAAGAAUCCAGAGGAGUGUGUACUUAAGGCUUUGCUCGACGAGAAGACGAAAGAAUUUCGAGUGAAAGACGUUCCCGAGGAUCACUGGGUAAAGAUCAACCCUGGAACGAUCGGCUUCUACAGGACUCACUACAGUCCAGAGGCAUUAUCUCUCUUGUUACCGGCUGUCAAAGAUCAUGCAUUACCUCCUUUAGAUAGAUUGGGUCUGCUGGACGAUCUGUUCGCUAUGGUACAAGCCGGUCAUGCCUCCACCGUCGAGGUACUUCAACUUAUGCAAGCGUUUCAACACGAAGACAAUUUCACCGUAUGGUCUAGUAUAGUCAAUAGCCUAGGAAAAAUCGGAGUUCUCGUUUCUCACUUGGAUUUCGAGGACUCGUUCAAAGCGUUCGGACGUAACUUGAUGCGUGACGUCACCAACAAACUGAGCUGGGAUCCUAAACCAAACGAAUGCCAUCUGGAUACCCUUCUGCGAUCCCUUGUUCUAGGUCGUAUGGCAGCAUUGAACGACGAGGAUACUAUACAAGAGGCGAAGAAGAGAUUCGAAUUGCACGUUUCCGGUACUACGCUGCUUGCUGCCGAUUUACGCAGUCCUGUUUACCGGGCUGUACUCUCUGUUGGCGAUGCCGAAACUUACGAAACCAUGUUGAGGCUUUAUCGAGAGGCGGACUUGCACGAGGAAAAAGACAGAAUAUUGAGAGCUCUGGGCGCGAUUAAGGACGAAACCUUGUUGGCGAAGGUCUUGGAUUUCGCUAUGAGCGACGAAGUGAGAGCUCAGGACACGGUGUUUGCCAUCAUGUCGGUGGCAAUGACUUACAAAGGCCGCGUGAUGGCUUGGGACUUUUUCAAGGAAAAUUGGAAAACGUUGCUCGACCGUUACGGCGGCGGUUUCUUAAUUUCGAGACUGGUGAAGUUCACCACGGAGAAUUUCGUCACCGAAGAACGGGCCAAAGACGUCGAGGAGUUUUUCAAGAACCAUCCAACACCGGGGACCGAAAGAACGGUGCAACAGAGCGUCGAGUCCAUCAGAUUGAACGCAGCAUGGCUCGCCAGAGACAAAGACUCUAUCAAGGAAUACCUGGUCACUCACGUUUAGUAGUCAUCACGAGUCACUUCUCGUCUCGAGUUCUUGUCCCUAUGUUGUUACAAUUUCUGAUACAAUAGGAAAUCGGAAAGUCAUGUCGUUUUGCAGAACAAGAGUUGCUUCGAGUCAGUUUAGAGAAAAAGAAAAGAUUACAAUGAUUCUCAUGUAAUCAUACAUGAUAUCGUAGAAUUUGCAUUUACAGAUACAUACACACAUACAGAUAACAGACACGUAUACAACAGUUGCUUGAAGGAACUUCGAUCGCGUACAUAGUUGUUGUUCCACCGCAAAUUUCGUUGCAAUACUUUUGAAUGAAUGUACAGGAGCUACGACAAGCUGAUAUUACAGAUAUCGAAUAUCAUCACGUAAGGAUGGCAUUUCUUCUUUUUAAAUUGCUGCAUUGUAUCAUUUGGCAUUUACUUGCUCAGUUUCGUGAUUUUUUUUUUUUUUUUUUUUUUU